AAACCUCUGCCAGUUGAAGAGAAUCCUCGAACACUAGAGAGACAGAGUACACUUUCCCAAGAGUAUUGUAAUAGAAUAAAGCAGAUGCCCUAUCUAAUAGUGCGAGAAUCCUACAUGAACGGAUUCUGUAUGGUCGACGGGCUUCCUCUCAAUGAGUUCAGAAUUUUGGGAGAAAAAUGUUCUGCUCAUCCUGAUACAAGGGAUGAAAAAAACAGAAGAGUAGAGUUCCCGACAACAUCUAUCAAUAUUUUAAACUGCCUGGAGCAGAUGGGAUACAGAGUUGUUACUUCAGGGUCAUUUGUGGCUGGUCAGUCCAACCUGGAUAAGUACUGUCAGAAGGAGUUCAUCUGGACAAUGUACAGACCUUCUACUGAGAUAGAAUGUCAAUGAUAUUAGGACUUGUCGCGUAAAGAUGUUCUUUACACAAAAUUAAUAUUUUUUUACUUUAUUUUAUUUAUUUAUUUAUCGCUGAGAACUAUAUUGUUAAAACAUUGUGUUCUUUGAUAAAUUUGAAUAUCAUUGAUAUUUAGACUAUUGUGAAGAUGAGUGUAAAGAAUGUUUGUUAUGUUUUACCAACAAUAUGUUGUUUAUAAUAACCUUAAUAUUUUAGAAUGUGUUCUUUACUGAAAUUAAGAAUAAUUUUCUGAAUUUAAUAAAAUGUUUUUUUCUAUAAAAGAAUGUCUUUCCUUUAUAAAGAAUGUCGCACUCUGUAAAGAAUGUCACACUCUUUAAAAAAUGUUAAAAAAUUGUUUUUUAAUUGUCAAAAAUUUUAAACAAACAACUUCUGGAAAAUAUCAUUGUCAAUGAAAUAUAAUUAUUUAUUUUGCAAUAUUAUUGGCACAACUUUGUGACAUCGUAGCUCCUCUAGUUUUGAUUUUACUCACAAGUAAAAUUCAGUUUACAUAUUAGAAAUUCAAAACAUGGUUCUUCAGUAAGAAGAGUCAUGAUUGGAAAUAUAUAAGAUUUACUUUAGAUUCUAUGUAAUUAGAUCAUGACUCAAUGUUGAUAUUUGUGUAAAUCAGUGAACAAAAUUUACCAAACAAUAAAAUGAGAUUAUUUAAAAUAAAUA